CCGUUUCUGCUGCAUUCAGUGCUGCCUUAGACAACUUUGACAGUCUAAGCUUCUAUUACUACUGAUUCUAGAUUGAUUUUUUACAAGUUUACCCGGACCGCUAGACUUUAAAAUAACAAGGCGUUGCAAGGAUGUCGCUGGUUUUAUUCGACACUCCUGCAAUAUUGGAUAUAUCGCAGUCACUUGCAUGCACUGCUGCCAUUGCCAUCAUCGCAUUAGCUGGAAAUACAGCUGCACAUUCUCCAGAUGCAGAGCCAGCUUCCAAUCCAAGUCCUGCUCCACUCUUUGACGAUGCUGCCAUAUCCGGGACCAACAAAACCCACCUUGCAGACCAUCCAAGUCUUUACAAUUCACAUGCUCCACAUCAACUCCCAUCUGCUGAGCAAGUUAUUAUACGAGAACAAUACCGACUUGGCCGUCCAUUGACCCCGCAGGAAAAGGCCGAGAUUGGAAAAACGCUGAUUUUUCUCAAGGAGCACCAAGGGCACGAAACACAACAUGCAGAGAUGGCUUUGAUCGUCAUUGGCAGCCUGUUUCUGUCCCAGAUCGGCAUCUUUAUUUGGAAAAAAUACAAUGCCUCAUCAUUCAAUAUUGCUACUCUGCUGGGGUUAUGGCUGGUACCAAUGACGAUGGGCGCCUAUGCUGGAAACUAUCGCUUUGUUGUUGUGUGGGCUAUGUUUUCCAUCUUCAACUCGUACAUUGUGAAACUGGCUUUGGAGUUUCCAAUGAAGUCGUCUACACCCAAACUGGUAUAUAAAUGGUACGCGUGGGUCUACAAUGUCGCAUAUGUUACAGGAGCAAUAGGAUACUGUAUCACCAUGAUUGCGAUCUUCCAUAUUUCUGCCAUCCUUGGUAUCACUACUUUACAAGGAGAAGGUGUUGUUUUCGAGACGGGUGUAUUGAUCCUGUUUUAUGGACUGUAUUUUGGCACUCUUGGUCGAGACUUUGUAGAUCGCUUGUCAGAUCGUAUGGCUGUGACAAUGGGAUACUAUUCUAGGACUGGGUUUCCUCGUAAGCAUCUAAGAGACCACAUGUGUGCCAUUUGUGGUGACUCGACUUCCAAAGGUACAGAACCUACCCAUACACUCAAUUGCAGCCACACGUAUCAUGAGCAGUGUAUUCGAGGAUGGACCAUCAUUGGGAAAAAGGAUAUUUGCCCCUAUUGCAAAGAAAAGGUGGAUCUAAAUGCCUUUAAAAAAAAUCCAUGGGAUACAACGCAAGCAAUGUAUCUUAGUCUGCUUGACGCAUUGCGGUACCUUUUGGUGUGGAACCCUAUUGUUUUUAUAAUCGUGCAUGUGUUAUUCAAUAUCUUUGGUUUGAAAUAA